AUGUCAACAAUGCAGAGACAGCUGGGGCUCCAGUGCGCCACUCUCCCAGACGCGGGCGCCUUUGACAUGUGGCAUGACUACAUGAACCUGGGCAGACUGCUGCUCAACCUGGACGGGACCCGUGAGAUGGACCGCGCAGACACCGAGGGGCCAAAGAAGGAACCGACGGGAGAUCCGUGGCGCACCAUCCAAGCCGGUGCCGCGCGUCCGAACCUCCGCCGCACCUCUGCGGAGACCAGCUCGGCCAGCAGCCUCUCGGACAGCAGCUCCACCGGGGCCUCCUCCGACUUCUGCCGCUUCUGCAAGCAAAACGGGGAGUCUGCAAAGGUGUACCGCUCCCACAGUCUGAAAUCAAAGGGGAAAGUCGUGUGUCCCAUCCUCUGGAGCUACACCUGUCCCACCUGCGGGGCCACUGGGGACCACGCGCACACACGCAAGUACUGUCCACGCGGGGAUGACAGGAUGCUGCCGCGGUCCAGGGUUCUGUAG